AUGUUGAAUACAGUGGAGCUAAAGCCUGAUGCCUUCAAGCUGUGGCUGCCAUCGGAACUCCAACCUAUGACAGUGUGCAAUGAGAGCCUGGCAGCACAUGAAUGGAAGUUACGCCAUGCGCAAGCUCUGGAUGCUCUCACCGAACUCCGAUCACACCUUCGCCUUCGGUCUCAUAUAUACAUGUACAAGGAUAGAAACGUACGUGGCCAAGCAGCUUCUACAUGCACGCAGGCCAUCAUCAAUGGUGUGGAACUGAGGAAGCAGGUUAGUGUUGAAAAGUACCGCUGCGCAUGCAAUGCGCUCCUGACUCUCAGCCAUCGACUUCACCAGUCUGGCUGGGAAAUUUCCCUUCCACCACUCCUGGAUUUGGAUAGCCAGGGUACUGGGACCAUCUCAUGGAUUUGGCUGGACUCGCAGGCAGACAAUAGCAGCUCGGAGAACGAGCAAGUUCAGGACUGUGAGUUUACGAGGCUUAAUCGCUGGUCAGAAGAAGUUGAGCUCCUACUAGAGGAGAUGCGAAGGGUUGUAGUGUUCUUGAAGUGGCAGGCAGAGUGGUGGAGUGGACGGGCUAAUACUCGAGCCCUCGAGCCGGCUGAUGAGGAAGGAGCAGUUGCAUACGCAUAUCGUCAGGCAGCACUGCGUCUCUCGCUUGUGGCUAGGGAACUGCACGGGUAA